AACCAGUACAAUUCGUCAUAGGGACAGUAGUAUAUAGUCGACAUCGCGCUGACGAUCGUCUAACAUGGCCGAUGUUGAUGACCCGAUUGAAAUAAGUGAUGAUUCAGGCAGUAGUGAUGAAGGAAUAUUGAAAGAAAAGAAAAAGAAGCAUAAACACAAGAAACAUAAGAAGAAACAUUCCACCAGUGACAAACAUAAACACAAACACAAGCGGAAGCGUCACAAACAUGAUAAAGGAGACGGAGAUGAGAAAGAGAAGAAGAAGCCGGGAAAGCUUGAGGAGAGUGAUCUGGAAAGACUGGAAGCAGCACGGGCAGCAUUAAGGGCUGAACUGAAUGGUGACACUAGUAAUGCCAUAGGCCUGAUUGCUCAGGGAUAUGGAACUGACUCUGAAGAGGAAGGGGAAAUAAAAGACUUGAGUUAUACAGAGGAGUCAGGGUCAACAGAAAAACGGGCAACGAAAGAAAGGUCUUCUAGCAAACCAGAAGGAAAGGAUGAUAUACUGGAUUUGAUUCGAGAAGCUAGAGAAUCACAAAGACAUCGUGGAGAACGGGGUCAUGGUCGUGAGCAGAAGAAUGGGGUCAAGGAGCGAGGGUCAAGGUCACCCAGUCUAACAGAAUUUGCUGAUACGUUGCUCGACUCAGUUGAUGUGAUCUCAAACAAGAGAAGAAGUUCCCCUCACAGAAGAAGAGACGGUUCCCGAGAUAGGGAUCGGAGAUCUAAACGUUCUACCUCACCCUCACGCCAACAUUCCGCACGUGAUGAGAGACGGGACCGCGAGAGUGACAGACGAAGAGAUGAAGAUAAGAGGAAUGAAGACAGAAGAAGAGAUGAAGAAAGGCGACGUGAAGAAGAACGGAGGGAAGAAGAUCGACGGAGGGAGGUGGAGCGAAGACGGGAAAGGGAAAAGAGGGAAGAAGAACGAUAUCGAAGACAGGAAGAUGAGCGACGUGACCGGAGGCUAGAAAUGGAUAGACGGAGAGAGGAUGACAGAAGAAUGAGACACAGAAAUGGGUCAAGGAGCCCCCAAAGACGACGAGAUGACCGCAGUUAUCGCAGCAGGUCGCGAGACAGGCGUCGGCGCCGCGGUGAUGAUUCUUCUAAACCAAGAGACAAGUUUAAGGACAGUCUCUCUGAAGGCAUGACACUGCAGCAUGAAUCAUCUGAUAGUGAAGAACUGGAUGUGGAAAUCCCCCAGGAUGAGUCCGAAGAAGAAGCUGAAAUUGCAAUGAGGAGGAAGAUGAGGAGAGCUUUAGUAAUGCGACUGGGAGCUGAGGGUGCCAUCCCUGGGUUAGAUAUAGAAUCCAGCCAGCCUACUCCUCCCCCAGAGGAGGACAGAGCUGAGGGACAGCAUGGUCAUGGUAGUGAUGACUCCUCCUCAUCGGACACCAACAGUGACGACGACGAUGAGAUGGCCAACAAGGUGCUGAGAGACUUGGAGGAAGAGUCCCAGGACUUUGAGAAGUCAAUGGAUGAGAAGAGAAGUGCGCUACGAGAGAGCAUUACAGACACAAAUGCUGAAAAGAAGAAAAAAUCCAAUGGCACAGCAGACAUGUUUGCAGAAGAUAACGACAUGUUCAGUGAAAACUAUUCUAGUCCUGGAUUUGUGCGCCCGUUAGGUGGUGUCCAUGACAACCCGAACUUGAUGGACAACUGGGAUGAUGCAGAGGGCUACUAUCGUGUUCGUAUCAGCGAGACGCUGGACAAGCGGUACAACGUGUACGGCUACACUGGCCAGGGUGUGUUCAGUAAUGUGGUGAGGGGCCGUGAUGCUGCCCGGGGGAGCCAGGAUGUGGCCAUCAAGAUCAUCCGAAACAAUGAGAUGAUGCACAAGACUGGUUUGAAAGAGCUUGAGUUCCUCAGGAAGUUGAAUGAUGCUGAUCCUGACGACAAAUUCCAUUGCCUCCGACUGUAUCGACACUUCUUCCACAAGAACCAUCUUUGUCUUGUAUUUGAAUCUCUCAGUAUGAACCUGCGUGAAGUCCUCAAGAAGUAUGGCAAGGACAUCGGCCUGCACAUCAAGGCGGUCCGCUCCUACAGCCAACAACUCUUCCUGGCCCUCAAGCUACUGAAGAGAUGCAGCAUUCUCCAUGCUGAUAUAAAACCAGACAAUAUCUUGGUGAAUGAAUCCAAACUGGUGCUGAAGCUGUGUGACUUUGGCUCUGCUUCUCAUGUGUCUGAGAAUGACAUCACACCCUACCUUGUCAGUCGGUUCUACAGAGCACCGGAGAUCAUCAUCGGCAUGGGUUACGACCAUGCCAUCGACAUGUGGUCCGUGGGCUGCACCAUCUAUGAGCUGUACACAGGCAAGAUCUUAUUCCCUGGCAACUCCAAUAAUGAGAUGCUGAAGUUUGUCAUGGACGUGAAAGGUAAAAUGCCCAAUAAGAUGAUACGCAAAGGGAUGUUUAAGGAACAACACUUCGACAGCAACUACAACUUCUUGUACCAUGAGGUGGAUAAAGUCACACAGAGGGAGAAGGUCACUGUGCUGAGCAACAUCAAUCCCAACAAGGACCUGCUGGCAGAGAUGGUUGGAUACCAGAGGCUGCCAGACGACCAGCUGCGCAAAGUUGCUCAACUCAAAGACUUGUUGGAACGGACAAUAAUGCUUGAUCCCUCCAAGAGGUUAUCAAUUAACCAAGAGCUCACCCAUCACUUCAUUCAAGAAAAACUCUAGACUUCCUGUGGCAACUCAAACCAAAAACAUAGACUGACUUUUUUGCAGGAAUUUAAUCAUUGAACCAGCUUUUGUUUUUGAAUGUACACAUAUUAUAGGAUUGUAUUGGUUUUUGUUUUGUUGCAAAGUGUUGGUUAACUAUACCCUAUGUUUAGUUAAGUAACAUUUAAGAAUUGGGAUUAAAUGAAAUGGUCAAGGAAUAUGUCUUCUGCAAGUUCCAAGAAAAUCUGAGGUUGAAACAGAUAUAUAUUAAGAACAUUCUACAUGACAGUACCACUUUUUGACAAGUGAAUCAAACUGACCCCAUGGAUAUCCCUCUCAACCAGAUAGAUUAAUUUUUUUUGGUGAUAAAGCAUUUGGAAAAGGUAAAUCUCUAAAUGGAUAAAUAUUGAACAAGCAGUAUUGAUGUAUACAGGUUUGUUUGUCCAUAUGAACAGAGAGCCCUUUGUGAAUAUGGUGUUCUCAUUGAAUCCACCUUUGUUUCAGAUGUUUGCUGUGGAUGGUUAGGGUUGUGUUUUGCCACCAUUCAGAUAAGUGCACAUCCAGAUAAGUGGAUUUCCUUUAUCCAGUCAAUCUGUCCAGUACAGUCACAAUCUGAAGCUUCUCCUUGGCAACAUGUUUUCACGUUAUUACCAUAUGCACUGGUCUGUGAUGGGGCUGUAUUUUCUUCAUUUGCAUUUUUAUAGAUUUGACAUAUUUUGAAGGAGCAUGCAUGUUUGUCAUACAAUCAAAGAGCAGUUCAUGUAAGGGUAUGUUCAAACAUGUACAAGUCAAAAUAUGGACUUAUUUACAACCUAACCCUGCUAACAUCUUACAUCUUGUGAAUAGGAAAAUGUUGUUGAAAAUAUUGAAAGCUGCAAGAAAUAUUUCAGCACUAUUUAGUUAUCAGCUGAGGCAAUAGUUACGUACAGCAAGUAUUUCUGACAUCUCAAAGUUUAAUGAAUCAUACAAGACCACAAGACUUAAUACUGACAACCCAACCGAAAACACAUUAAAGUAUAGAGAAUAACCUAAAGUGGGCUUUGUUUGUAAGGAUACCGGUAAACAGAUUAUUAGCUGAGUGUUUCCGGAUUGUAAAUAGCGAAUAUUCAGAAUAAACAUUGUAUUGUGCAAUCCUGUGGUGAGCAUGAUACAUGUUUGUUUUUAAUUCUAACAUUUGAUGUUUGCCAGAAUUGAUGAAACAUGUCGUAUUAAUCCUAUCCUUAAUCAGAUGUAACUUCUCUCAAAAAAAGUAACUCCAGAAACACUCCUAUGAAUACAGUGUUUUUGAGUGAACUGCCUCAUCAUGUAUAGGUCCAUGUCAAUAGCUGCCGUGUUUCUCAACCUAAAGAUCAGGAAAACACUGUCUAUAGUUACUGGUUACGUCAGUAAUGUAGUUAGCGAGCAGAUUCUGAAUAUAUGUAACUAUAUUACAUUCUCAAAUAGUUCCUUUGAGGUGACUGUAUUUCAAAAUUAGCUGACCGGACACAAAGUGUUUCGGAUCAUGAUAUCACAUCGAUAACACUAUUCCUUAUAUGAUGAUAGGUCUCUGCUUCACAGAAAGUUCCGAGUUGGGUAGAACACGCUAUCAUGUAUUGUUGAACCAUUUCUUUCAGUGGUGUUUACAUCGUCCUUUCACAUAUGUCUGGUAAGAUUUUAUGGUUUGAGUUUGACAUACUAUUUCUUUGUUUAACUGCAGAAGCAGUGAAAGUUGCCAUAAAGAGGAAAUGGUGUGUGCUGACUGUUGUUAUCAGCUAGUUCUUUUUUAAAGCAUAAAUGUCGGACACAGACGUUUCCAUUGAAUAUUGUGUAUAUUAUGUCCUCUUUCUAAGGCUAAUGGGAUCUUGUUCUCCUGACUAUGAAGUUGACAUUUUGUUUAUUUAAUGAAUGUGUUUCAAAUAUAAAUCAUUGAUCAACCCGAAAAUCAAACAGUCCAUCUUCACUCUCUUUAGUGAUUUGUUAUUACAUGACCACAAUUCCAUUCUCAAUCUCAUAAAAACGAGUCUGUUGUUUAAUCAUGAUAAUCAACCUGUCUCCCAAGAAAGCCAUGAUUCGAUGAGUCAUUGUUAUCAUUUUAUAAAGUAAAUAGAACUGUUGACGAUUGAGAAGAGCGUGAACAAUAUUUUGCAGGGGAGGGGGUUUGGGAGGGGGGAUAAUUUGGCCCUUGUACAUAUCUUCAGUGGAGAUUAUCAUCUACCAUCCAAAGAAACAUGAAUGUAUCCUUAAAGGAUUGUGUAUUCCCACAUGUGUAACUAUGGAUACGGUAGUAAUGUACUGCAUGUGAUCAUGGUAACCAUGGCGACUGUAUGAUUGUUUGUUUCUUUGUACAGGAACUACCAUCUCUGGAUGCUUUGUCAAUUAAAGACUUAAGCUGCUUUCAGAAGUGGUAAUAAUUUUGUUUUUUAUGUUAUUAUUGAUGCUUGACAUUUUCUCUGAUAUUAAUGUUGACUUAGAAUGAAUUGAUGCCUUUGCUUAGUACUAAGAUGCUUUGCAUCCUGUCAGAUGUAUAAAUGGUGGAAGGCAAGUCAUACUUGUGUCAGUCUGUGACAAGUUGACAAAUCUCACAUUUGCAAAGAGGUUUAAUAUGUUUCAUGAUGAUUUUGUAAAUGAAAAUCCAUCUAAGUUUGUGAAAGGUUUGAAUUUGUACUGUGUAAUAAAUACAAUAGACACAUGGACUUACCUUUACUCAUGUUUUGUAGACUAGGUUCUAAUAGACCUUAUAUGUUUUCAGUUGGUUAACAAGACUAGCCAAUAGAAACUUAUAAAAGAGAGAGAAAAAAAACACUUUCAACAAUUUCGGGCCACAGUAAGUUGAGAUAAAUCACUGUUGUUCAUAAGAAAUGGUUACUAAUAUGUUUUAAUAAAAAGAAGCUGAUUACCUUUGGACCACUUACCUUGAAUAUUGGCCAGAAUAUUUCUUAACCAACUUAUAAAAGAUAUAAGGCUUACAGAUUGGAAGUUUGUAGAACUUAAUUCUAAUUGUUUUGAUUUCCUUUCGUUACCACUGCAUUGGCGGAGAUUGACCCCUGACAGGAUGUGUGUCAAGGUCAUCAGUCAAGCAAUCACAGAACUCGAUACAGUUGGGAGCUGAGGGAGUCUUCAGUUUUGAGUAAUGAUAAGUAGUGCCUGAUAUUGACUACCGUACAAUCUGGGAGCAGGAGGCUGAGGAUCUCUUUAUAAGGUUAACACAAAAAGAAUGAGAUAGAAUACUGGUAAUGCUAGGGAGCAUGGAACGCAUGCAAAUACAGUACCCAGUACCAACAGGGUUCCAACAUCUGUUUCUUCGGUCUAUAUACAUUAGAACUUUUCAACUUUGUUUCCGAUUUUGUAAAUAGGGUACAAAUUUGUUCUUGGUUCAAAGCAUUGUUUUAUAUAUCAUCCGAGAGACUGGAAUUGUCAGGGAAUGCUACUCAGUUGAAAACAUUUUAGUUUGACCUGAAGGUUUAGUUGUGGUGCACCAAGUGGAUUCGUCCGAUUUCUCUUAUAGACGCCAUGAGGGAAGGUUUUAGAGACCUCAUGAAAAGACAUUUACAAAUAUUACUAAUAGUGUUGUUAGGAGUUUGAUUAAGGUAAACAUUUUCAAGGUUAUUGCACUACUCCAAGUGUGUGUGUAUAGUUGCCUGUAAUAGUAUAGGCUAAUGCCAGUUAUAUAGUAUUAGCCUAGAGAUACCGUACCUCAGUUUAGAAUCUUUAUCCCACUCAUACCUUAAUGCUGUGCACCAGGCAGGGUAACAACAGCUACCACUAUUUAAGAUCAAUCCUCCCACAUUUCUGCCGUGGCAGCGUCUUUGCUCAGUAAACAAUUGACAGUGGAUAUUGGAUAAUGAAUAAUUUUCAUCUGUGUACUUGAGAGCAAGACCUUAUUAAUCGUUUUGCAGUUUGUCGUCAUGUACAAUAUUCUUAAAAUGGUGAUAUGUUUGUGAAAGCUGAAACAUUAGCCCAGAUUGACAAAUUUCAAGAGUCUGGAAAUGAUAUGUCGUUCAUUAAUCAGUGCAUAUUCCGUGGUAUGAAAAUGUUUGUAAAUUUUAUAUUUACUGUUAUUUGAAACCCACAAUCGUUUGGCAGUCUUGGUGCAUCACUGGGCCAAAUGUUUGGGGUGGCUGUGGAUCACAUCCAAAAGUUUUGUUUAAUGCAAAAAGGUGAAAAUGCGUAAGUUGUAUGUUGUCAGAUGAUGGUCAAUCCACUUUCCCUCAGUUCUUCAACCAGCUUAUUUAGGUCAUCUCUGUUUUAAUUUCACAGGUAGGCCACUUUUCUUUCUUCGUUACAUACAAUGAUCCUUCCGUCAAGCCGCAUCACUGUUGGCCAUGCUGGGCAUCACGUGAUCACAAUCAGCCAAUGAGCAUAUGGGUGUCUGUCAUGUGACCAGGCAAGGACGUAUCAGGUGUCACAUGAUUUCAGAUGAGAUGCUUCUUCUUUCCGUAUCAACUUCCACCAGCGAGGUGGAGGGGAAUCGUGAUCAGCCAACACGUGAUCAGCCAGCGCUCCAGACCAAAGACGACAAUUAAACUGUUGUAUAUCAUUUAGAGUUCUGGUUACUACGUUACGUUAGCAGACAAUUCUGACUUUUGUCGGCAUGUUAAUGACCUGCCAAAAAUUGUCAUAUGAACAUCAUAUCAGCUUGUCUUUACGUAAUUUGCAAAAUGAAUGUUGAUAUGAAUUUCAAUAACUGUCAUAUUUUUGCUGUGAAGAAAAGUGUCUGAAAUAAAUUUGUUGGUAUGGAUUGUAA